AUGGCGUCGCCAGCUUCAGACUUCCAACAGAUCAUCACAGACGCACGAGAGCGCAGGAAGAACUCCGCCCUGGCAGACAGGAUAUUCAACCGCGACCCGAGACGAAGCGCGCCGUCAACACCCAAGCCCAUCACCACACCUGGAGGCUCGCUCGCCAGUCGCGUCGGCGUCAAAAAGCAACGCGCCGCCGUCCCUGCCGCCAGAGAGCUUUUCCGCAACAAAGCAGCCUCGACGCCCGGCGCCGCCAACGGCGAAUCCACGCACCAUCUCUACCGUCGAGACCCUGCCCGGGACGCCUCGUUCGGGUCCCGCCUCUCCAGGCCCGACGCGCCGCGGAACCAUCGCAGCGCGAAACUCGCCGCCGCCGUUGGCAAGGUCGACGCCGCGCAGGUCCGGGUCGUCGGCAAUGCCCCUGCUCCUUCCCCUGCUCCUGCAGCGGCUCCCCCCGGCGACGCCGGGCUGACCAUCCGCGGGCUCGCCGGACCGUUGGUCGUCAGGGGCCAGAACUUCGCCCCGGGCACCACCGCCGCAGACAUUGAGAGUGCCAUGACCCCCGUCGGCGGCGAGAUGAUGGGCUGCAAAAUCAUCAAGCACCAGCCGCUCCUCGUCGCAGAGAUGGUCUUUGCAUCCCGCGAGGGCGGCGAGCGGGUCAUCCAGACGUUUAACAACAAGACGGCCGAUGGCCAGAUCCUCAAACUGUACCCCUUGACCGGGGGUUACCGUUACCAGCCCUCCGCCUCGAGUCCGCCCGCCAGUGCUCCCGCCAGUGCUCCCGCCCAGCCUAGGAACUCCAAAGGCGCACAUGGAGCAGACCAAGUUGUCGACGGAUCAAUGGGGUUCCCCGAGCCGGCGACAAGCACGAGGAGCAACCACCGACUCUACAGCGACCAGCUGGCCGGCCCGAACAUGAGCGGCCGCGGUUUCCACAGAGGCGGCAGAGGGAGACGCGGUCGGUGA